UCCUCUUCUGUCACGGACGCGCACACAUCGGCUCAAUAUUAGUGAAAUAGAGCUUAGCCUUCUGCGCUCUCACACACACUCAUAAUAUAGCUAGUCUCACAUUAUUACAUUCUAUCGCCGUCAUUCACUCCACUAGACAUUAAUGCAUUUGCUUCAACCGUCGCCGUAGCGGUCCAUCCGAUCGUUAUAGUGUUUGUUUUUAUUAUUAUUUUCUUCCUGCAUCAUCCAAAGACUGAUCAACGCUUCAAGAUGGCUGAGUUGAAUUUGGGGAAGGGGCUGACUGCAGGGAAAGUGGCCAGUAACGUGCAGAAAAAACUAACCCGAGCUCAGGAGAAGGUUCUCCAGAAGCUGGGAAAAGCCGACGAGACCAAAGAUACUGCCUUCGAGGAAGGAGUUAUCAACUUCAACAAACAAUAUACUGAAGGCAGCAAACUGCAGAGGGACCUUAGGGUGUACUUGGAGGCAGUGAAAGCGAUGCAUGAGUCCUCCAAGAACCUGCAGGAAUGUCUGGGUGACAUGUACGAGCCAGAGUGGUACGGCAAGAACGAAGUGGAUUCCGUACUGGAGGACUGUGAUGUGCUUUGGACGGAUUACCACCAGAAGUUGGUCGAUCAUGCUCUCAUUUCCAUGGAUACUUACCUGGGCCAGUUCCCUGAUAUUAAGGCACGCAUUGCGAAGAGGGACAGGAAACUGGUUGAUUUCGACAGUGCCAGGCACAACUACGCUGCCACACACAAGGCCAAGAAAAAAGACGGGGGCAUUAAAAUUACGAAGCCGUCGUCUUUGUUGGAGAGGGCCGCUCCAGGUUGGGCUCAGGGGAUCCUGUCCGCACACAGCGUCGCCCAGAGCAGUCUGUCCAGGAGCCAGGCUGAGGAGGAGUUGGAGAGAGCCCAGAAGGUGUUUGAGGAAAUUAAUAUUGACUUGCAAGAAGAGCUGCCAUCUCUCUGGAACAGUCGUGUUGGGUUUUACGUCAGCACCUUCCAGAGUUUGGCCGGUUUCGAGGAGAAGUUUCACAAAGAAAUGAGCCGGUUGGAUCAGGAUUUGUAUGAUGUUCUAGAGAAGCUGGAGCAAACAGACCCAACCAGAAAGACAGGUAACCGCGGCGCCUCAACGUCAGGAGCAAAUAGGAGUGAGAAAGAACCAUCUAACCACACUCUCAGGCCAGGAGGACCUCCCCCUAUCCCCAAAUCUCCAUCCAAGCUUAAGCCAGCAGUGCCUCCUCCACCAAAGGUGACCCCAUCUAAAGAGAUGAAAACAGAGAACAUCAUCAACUUGUUUGAUGCUGCAGCCGCUCCUGAUAUCAGUGUCACCUCCCCCACAGAGUUUGACAGUCCUGCAGUGAGCAGCCUACUGGACAUGGACCUGGACUCUUUCAGUGCAGCAACCAAAGCCUCCGUGGUCUCACAGCCAGCGAACUGGGACUCAUGGUCUGAGGACAGGAAUAUCGAGGAAAAGGAAACCCAGAAGCACUAUGACCCUGUGGCUGCUGCUGCAGAGGCCUGGGGGGAUGAAAGCUCACAGCCUGUCCGCUAUGACCCCAUAGCAGUGGCCUCAGAGGGCUGGGGGGAUGAUGGAACCCUACCUGUUCGCGAUGACCCUGUGACUGAGGCUCAGGAAGAAUGGGGGGAUGAUGGGAGCCAGCCGGUUCAUUAUGACCCUGUGGCUGAAGCCCAGGAGGACUGGGGUGAUGAUGAGAGUCAGCCAGUCACAGAGGUGCCAGCCACCACAGAUCAAACACCUCCAGCUGAAUCUCCAGGUGACACCGUUGAGGAAGAAGCUGCCCCAGCUGCUGCCACGUUGGAUAAUGAAGAGGGUCAGCAGGGUGAGUCUGAAGCAGCUGCUGAGGCAGCAACUGCAGAAGAAACGGCGGUAGAAGAGACACCUACAGUAGCAGCAGAAUCACCAGAAGCAGCUCCAGAAGCAGCUCCAGAACCUGCAGAACCUGCAGAACCUGCACAGCCUGCAAAGCCUGCCGAGCCUGCCGAGCUUGCAGUACCUGCAGUACCUGCGGAAAUGCCGCCCGGCUUCUUGUUCAAGGUUGAAGUGAUGCAUGAUUACGCUGCCAACGACACAGACGAACUGGAGAUGAAGGUUGGAGAUGUCGUGCUAGUACUCACCUUUGACAAUCCUGAUGAGCAGGAUGACGGCUGGCUGAUGGGAAUAAAGCAGGACGAGUGGCAGCAGAAGAAAGAGGGUGCCGCGAAAGGAGUAUUUCCUGAAAACUUCACCCAGAGGCUGUGAAUGCGAAGGAUAAAACACCAUCCCAGCUUCUUUCUCUGUGUCUCCCUUCCUCUUACCUCUAUCCUUCAUAUCCCCUCUCUUGCCCUGAUACUGUAUCUUUACCAGGACUUUGGCCAUAGAAGCAGAGCUGUCACAGCCCUUGCUGAAAUCAUGCAUUUCUAAGGUCUGCUACACUGUGCUAAAAGCAGAUCUUGACAUUUCUGUGGAUUUUUUUGCCAACAUUUUUGAAUUACAAACGUGUAUGUCGUGUUACUGGUGCCAGCUGCUGUGUUGCUCCUCACGACCAGAGGUUCGAUACAGGGAUGGGGUACCUUUGCAAUGGCUACUGCUGUAAUUUCAUGAAUGUUUAAUGUGUAUUCAUGUUUCUUCAUGAACUCCCCAAGGCAUUGUCCACCACUAUAGCAGAGAAAAUGUCUUUUGAGGGUUGUUUUUGCUCAUCUGAUAUUGAGCGGUUGCAGACAGUGAGCAAUUAUCAUAAGACAAUGCCAAGUGUAGCAACAUAUCCCUUUUACACUUACACACACA